GUCCUCUCCUGUGGGAGCCCCGAGACUCUCUCCUGGAUCUGACGUGCUCAAGAUUUCCAAUUUCCGAAAACUUCUACCCUAUUGAACGCUGCUGAGGACAAAAACACUCAUCUGGUGGAGAGAUAGAAACCAGUUCCAGGAGUGCCACAGGAAGGCACAACGGAGGACACUGGUCCCGAUUCCACAGGCAGCCAAGUCUAAAUGUGAUGGCUGUGCCACCUGCCCCUCUGCAACUGCUGGGAGUGCUGCUCACCAUUUCCCUGGGCUCCAUCAGGCUCAUUCAGGCCGGUGCCUACUAUGGGAUCAAGCCGCUGCCUCAAAUUCCUCCUCAGAUCCCACCGCAAAUUCCACAAUACCAGCCCCUGGGCCAGCAAGUACCUCACAUGCCUUUGAGCAAAGAUGGCCUUACCAUGGGCAAAGAGCUUCCCCAUAUGCAGUAUGGCAAAGAGUAUCCACAUCUACCCCAAUAUAUGAAGGAAAUUCAGCCGAUGCCAAGAAUGAGCAAGGAAGCAGCUCCCAAGAAAGGCAAAGUAGAAGCACCGUUAGCCAGUUUAAGAGGGGAACAAGGUCCUCGUGGAGAGCCUGGCCCAAGAGGACCACCUGGGCCCCCCGGUUUACCGGGUCAUGGGAUACCUGGAAUCAAAGGAAAACCAGGGCCACAGGGAUAUCCAGGAAUUGGAAAGCCAGGUAUGCCUGGAAUGCCAGGAAAGCCAGGUGCCAUGGGAAUGCCAGGGGCAAAAGGUGAAAUUGGACCCAAAGGGGAGAUUGGGCCCAUGGGGAUCCCAGGACCACAGGGACCACCAGGGCCUCAUGGACUUCCUGGCAUUGGGAAGCCAGGUGGACCUGGGUUACCAGGGCAACCAGGCCCAAAGGGUGAGAGAGGACUCAAAGGACCACCAGGACCUCCAGGCCUUCAGGGUCCUAAAGGAGAGAAGGGCUUCGGGAUGCCAGGUCUGCCAGGCCUGAAAGGUCCUCCAGGGAUGCAUGGCCCUCCUGGCCCUGUCGGACUUCCAGGAGUGGGCAAACCAGGAGUGACAGGCUUCCCUGGACCCCAGGGUCCCCUGGGAAAGCCAGGUCCUCCAGGUGAACCUGGGCCACAGGGUCCUGUUGGGAUACCAGGGGUUCAGGGACCUCCUGGGAUGCCUGGAGUUGGAAAACCAGGCCAGGAUGGGAUCCCUGGCCAGCCAGGAUUUCCAGGUGGCAAAGGGGAGCAAGGACUGCCAGGGCUGCCAGGACCCCCAGGCCUUCCAGGGAUCGGGAAACCAGGCUUCCCAGGACCCAAAGGUGACAAGGGCAUAGGGGGUGUUCCUGGGGCCCUUGGACCAAGGGGGGAGAAAGGACCAGUAGGUGCCCCUGGAAUGGGGGGUCCUCCAGGAGAGCCAGGCCUGCCUGGAAUCCCAGGUCCUAUGGGCCCUCCAGGUGCUAUUGGUUUUCCCGGACCCAAAGGAGAAGGUGGAGUUGUAGGGCCACAGGGGCCACCAGGUCCCAAGGGUGAGCCAGGGCUUCAAGGCUUCCCAGGAAAGCCAGGUUUCCUUGGUGAAGUGGGACCCCCUGGAAUAAGGGGUUUGCCAGGUCCCAUAGGGCCCAAGGGGGAAGCUGGGCACAAAGGUUUGCCAGGGCUCCCGGGUGCUCCAGGACUGCUUGGACCAAAGGGAGAACCAGGCAUCCCAGGGGAUCAGGGUUUACAGGGCCCCCCAGGUAUCCCUGGUAUUGCAGGCCCUAGUGGCCCCAUUGGACCACCUGGAAUUCCAGGCCCCAAAGGGGAACCAGGCAUCCCAGGGCCCCCUGGGUUCCCUGGAGUAGGGAAGCCUGGAGUAGCAGGACUUCAUGGUCCCCCAGGAAAGCCUGGAGCACUAGGUCCUCAAGGCCAGCCUGGCCUUCCAGGGCCCCCAGGCCCUCCAGGCCCCCCUGGCCCCCCAGCCGUGAUGCCCCCUACCCCACCUCCCCAUGGAGAAUAUCUGCCAGAUAUGGGCCUGGGAAUUGAUGGAGUGAAACCACCCCAUGCCUAUGGGGCUAAGAAAGGCAAGAACGGAGGGCCAGCCUACGAGAUGCCUGCAUUUACCGCUGAGCUGACUGCCCCUUUCCCACCCGUGGGGGCCCCCGUGAAGUUUGACAAACUGCUCUAUAAUGGCAGACAGAACUACAACCCGCAGACGGGCAUCUUCACCUGCGAAGUCCCGGGCGUCUACUACUUUGCGUACCACGUUCACUGCAAGGGAGGCAACGUAUGGGUUGCUCUGUUCAAGAACAACGAGCCCAUGAUGUACACGUACGACGAGUACAAGAAGGGCUUCCUGGACCAGGCGUCGGGGAGCGCGGUGCUGCUGCUCAGGCCUGGAGACCGGGUGUUCCUCCAGAUGCCCUCAGAACAGGCCGCGGGACUGUACGCUGGGCAGUACGUCCACUCCUCCUUUUCAGGAUAUUUAUUGUAUCCCAUGUAAAAAAGAAAAGAAAUAGAGAGAGAGAUUUAAUAGAAGAAAAGAAAAUGAUGCACCAAAAAAAUCCAAAUGAAAACCAUAAUUGCUUCAAAACAUUUAUAUAGUUGGAAAGUUAUAUUUAAGUGAAAGUUUAAACCAUCAUGUACAAAUAAAAGUUAAGAUGCAUGUUGAAAGCUCCGCACAGCAUCUUGUCAUGGAACACGAUGGGACAGAUGUAUGUAUCAAGUACUGACACUUGUGUUGUACCCACUGGAAUCAUAUUAGCUGUUGUGUUGUGUGCUUCCACGAUAACCUGCUUAUUCAAAUCAGUGAAAACAUUUCAGUAUGAAAGAUCAUAGCUAAUGAAAGUCACUCAUAUUGUUUACUUUUAAAUAUUUACAAAUAUGGCUUAAAGAAAGGUCAGUGAAAACAAUUACAUACCGUAUUUACUUGCGUAAUUUCCCCUGUAUUUGUGCAGGUAUUUUGCCACAGAAUGUGGGGUAGUGUCACUGCCCUGGUGGGAGCGGGUCGGGGGCCAUGGUAGGGCUUUAGUUGCAAGGGCUAUUUCUCUCCUGUCAGAGGCUGUGUCCUUUGGCAACAGGAGUCCUGUCUCUGGAAGAAGCAGUCAGCCAUCGUGUGUUAGUGCCCUCUGUUUCCGGCGCUGGGUGGGGCACUUCCAUGGGGCUUGAGACAGUGCCCCACAAGCAGCUAACAACCAGUUGGGAGAUAGUAGCAGUGAUUCACUCAUUUAUUCAUUUAUUCCUCAAGGGUUCUUUUUGGCCUUUUUU